UAUGUUAUAGUGAACGAUCUUCUGUGUCCACAGACACGAUCCCUGUACGCGGGUUCGGACUCUGGCGUGGUCCAGUCCCCCACAGCGUUCUGUGGCAGGUAUCCGUCCUGUGAUGUCUGUAUCCUGGCACGAGACCCAUACUGCGCCUGGGACCGUCACACCGCCGCCUGUGUCAACAUCUUAGAUGCUCCUAGCCUACAGCAAGGGAAGCUGAUCCAGAGCCUGAAUGGUGACGCAGACAAGUGUCCUUCAGUGUCAGGUCUGUCUCUGAAGGACUACCAGCAAGUGAAGGUCAAACCGGGGAGCUCAGUCGAGCUGCCCUGCCUGGUACAAUCCAACCUGGCCCAUGUGAUGUGGAAAUCCAACAGCUCAGUUCUCACCGAAGCCUCUCGCUUUCACCUCAUAGGUGAAAAUGGUCUCCUCAUUUACAGCGUGGCACCAGAGGAUCAAGGUCAUUAUGAGUGUUGGUCCGUGGAAUGGGCCGCCGCUGCCGGGAAGAACUUCAGCCGCCUCGUGGCUGGAUACGUCCUUACUCUGGAUCUCCCGACAAGAGCCCCACACCAGGCGGGCCACCGCACCACCACCCUUGCCAGCAAGGAGACACCUAGCACGCACGCCGCUGAAGGUAAUGAUGAGACAGACAGAGCCCCACUAACUUCAGCCCUUGCCCCCCCAACCUUCCCAGCUUCGGCCCUCUUCACAUCCCCGCCCCAAACUGACUCAUCACUAACCCCGCCGCCUAGCAGCACAAUCAAACUCCAGCCGAAGCUGGAAGCUCUUCCCUCAAGCUCCAACGGCCCCCGCCCGGACAACCGGGACCCGGCGGCCGAGUAUCUCCAGCACAACAACAGCAUCGCCCUCCUCUUCCUCUUCCUCCUGUUUUUCCUCCUCUUCCUGGCUGCGCUGGCCUACAACUGCUACAUGCAGUACCUUCCUGCUCCCUGCCUGCGUAUGCGAGCUGCUCUGCUGGGCAGCAAAAAGAGCGCCAGUCAGCCCGAGUACCGGGCCUGUGAAGCAGGUCUGAUGGAAGCAUCCGCGACGGACAAAAUUAACAUGACGGAGCAGCCGACGCAGAACGGCAGCCAAACCACACAUCUGCGGGCACUCCGCGACACAGGGUAUGAGACCGAGCCAGAGUGCGGCAACGGUCGGAUCCCCUCCCACAGCUACGGAGGCGACAGCCCGUCGCAGGAGAAACCCUUUGAUGUGGACUGUGAAUCUCAGCCCAUCCAGUUUGCAGACGCAGAUGAACCUUACUGCUAACCAGACGCCUGCUUUAGUUUCUCUUGGCAUCAAGAUGAUUAACAGGGUGUUACGUUCUUGCUUCAUCUUCCCACUCCUCACAAGUCUUAAGUGUUGUCCUCUGUGUGGAAGUAUGUUCAGUCAGUGUACGGCAUUAGAUGACGUUUAUCAUUACGAGGCUUAAGGCGGGCGCCCCACUUGUGCAGAUUUACCUCCUGCUGUCUGACUUAGAGCUUUUUCUGAUAAAGUACAACCGUGCGCAUGGAAGCUGCACCCUCUCAGCUUAGUCCAGCAAGUGAAGCUAUUUCUUAAAUUCCAAACUGGAAACAUUCUUUACCAAAUUGGUAAGUUACUGUGAUGUUUUCCAAAUUGGAAUAGUGUUUUAUUUUGUACAGCCUGGGUGAGAAAAAAACUCAUAAAGCUUUUGCAUCUUUUUUUUUCUUCAAAGCAAAGCGUUCAACUUAGGUAAAUGCAUCACCAACAGGGAAGAUUUUCUCGGUUCUUCGCAGCCCCGCUUUGUCGUACAGUCUCGCCGUCUGCAGCGAGCCUUAGUCUCACCAGUCAAGCCGGCGAAGUCGGGUUCGAAACAUCAGAAAAAGAGAAAAACAUGGAUUAAAUCAAACCACUGUCUUGUUUGGACUCAUCCUGCGUAACAAUCCCAAGUCUCUGUAUUUAAAUUCUUUGCCCUCCCUGUAAAAAGUAGACAUUCCUACGUGGAUACAACUCCUGACAGUCCUGUGUAUUAACCUCUACUAGUCAUCUGCCCUUAUGUGGUCUGUCAAUAACGUAAAUAUGAUUUAUGAUGAUAUCAACCGUCA